AUGUGGUUGACAAUUAUUCUUUUUACAUUACUUCUAUACGUUAUUUAUCGUAUCAUCAACUUUUGGAUCAUUCGUCCAUAUACAAUUCAACGAGAUUUGGCGAAUCAAGGCGUUCCUGGACAAUAUACGCCAAUAGUUGGUGAUGUAUUACGUCAUCGUCGAGAUUAUUAUGCCGAUAAAGCAUUAAUUUAUCUUGAAGAGGCAAAUGCUAAGUUCGGUGAUUAUUAUCAUACAUCAUUCGGUCCAUUUCCUUGUUUAAUUACAAGUGAUCCAGGAGUAAUUGAAAGUGUUUUAAAAACAAAUACUCGAUUCUAUCAUAAAAAUGUACUUGUAAGAGAACUUUUUGGAGCAUUACUCAACUAUGAAAAUCUUUUAUUGGCCGAAGAUGACAAUCAUACACGACAUCGACAAUUAACUAAUCCAAUUUUUCAACAUCAAAAUCUCAAUUCAAUGAUACCAGUCAUGGUUGAUAGAAUAUCGAAUUUUUUGGCACAAUGGCAAAAUGACAUAAAUGAUAAAACGUCUCCAUUGACAUUGGAUAUAUCGAAAGAGAUGUCAUAUCUGACAUUGGAUAUUAUAUUCGGUUGUGUAUUUGGUGUCGAAACAAUGAAAGAUAGAUCUAUUAAUGAUACAAUCUAUCAUAAUCUUCAAAUAGCAUUCGAUGAAGUAGAAAAACGAAUCUACAAUGUAAUUCUUAUUAUCCCAAUACUUAAUCGAUUACCAAUAUUAUGGAAAAAACGUAUUGAUAAAUGCAAACAAGAUAUGAGAAAUGCUGUUUUACAAAUGAUAAAUCUGAGAAAACAGGGUUUAACAAAAGCAACUUGUAAAGGACCCGAUUUACUAGAUCAACUUUUGGUAACAGAUGGCGAUAAUAAAAAAGAAAAAUUCAGCGAUGAAGACAUCUUAAACGAAGCACUUACGUUUGUAAUUGCUGGACAUGAUACACCGCGAACUCUAAUUAUAUGGGCACUCUACUAUCUUGUCACAAAUCCCGAUGUAUAUCAAGAAUUGCAAAAUGAAGUCGACUCAGUUUUGAGUAAAAAUCAAGAAUUGACAGUGACGACAGUAUCACUAUUAACAUAUACGGAAGCCGUAUUGAAAGAAACUUUACGAUAUCAUCAUCCUGCACCUUUAUUACUUAGAACAGCAAUGGCUGACAAUACUAUUGUGGCUAGUGAUGGUAAACAGAUUCGUAUCCGAAAAGGAACGGAUAUUUUUAUCGUUUUGAAUAUUCUGAAUAGGUCAGAAAAAUAUUGGCAUGAAUCAAAUAAAUUCGAUCCGUCAAGAUUUCUUGAAAAUCAUGUGAACGUACUGUUUCCAUUUGGAUAUGGACCACAUACAUGUAUUGGACAGAAUUUUGCUAUGUUAGAAUCUAAGAUUAUAUUGGCAAUGAUGUUACAUCAUUUUCGUUUUGAAUUGAUACCCGGUCAAAAAAUUGUUCAAGGCACAGCAGUCACUGUCAGACCUAAAUAUGGCUUAUCAAUGCGAGUCUGGUCACGAUCUGGAUUUUAA